CGGGGUCCGGAAGCGUCCGGCGCUCAGUCUGGCAGCGGCGUCCGCGGCGAGCGGAGCUCCGGGGCCGCCAUGGCCGCGGGGGCGCUGGGGGCUGUCCCGGCUGAGCCGCCGCCGCCGCUGGGCCGCCUGCCCGGAGGAGCCGGCACUGAGCGCGCCCUGGAAGAAGCAGAGGCCUCCGGUACCCUCAGUCUGGCCGGCCGGCGGCUGCGCGCCUUCCCGGCGGCGGCGGCGCGGCGCUGGGACCUCAGCGACACCACACAGGCCGACCUGUCCCGGAACCGUUUCGGCGAGGUGCCGGAGGCCGCCUGCCGCCUGGUCUCGCUGGAGGGGCUGAGCCUGCACCACAACUGCCUGCGCAGCGUCCCGCCGGCCAUCGCCAACCUGCAGGCCCUGGCACACCUGGACCUCAGCCGCAACCAGCUGAGCUCGCUGCCCGCCUGCCUGUGCCUGCUGCCCCUGCGCGUCCUCAACGCCAGCAACAACCGCCUGGCCGUGCUGCCGCCGAACCUGGGCGCCCUGCGCACGCUGCGGCAGCUGGAUGUGGGCUCCAACCGGCUGCGGGCGCUGCCGCCGGGGCUGGGGCAGCUGCGGGCGCUGCGGGACCUCAACGUGCGGCGGAACCAGCUGGCGGCGCUGCCCGAGGAGCUCUCGGAGUUGCCGCUGGUCCGGCUGGAUUUCUCCUGCAACCGGGUGGUGGCGAUUCCGCGCUGCUUCCGGCGGCUCCGGCACCUGCAGACGCUGCUGGCGGACAACAACCCCCUGCAGUUCCCCCCCGCCCAGGUCUGCCUGAAGGGCAAAGUCCACAUCUUCAAGUACCUGGAAGCCGAGGCUGCCGCCCAUCCUCCCCCCGCAUGCCCCCCGGACGAGCCGUGUCCCCUCCGGCAGCGGGGGGGGCUGGACUCCGGCUUCCACAGCGUCGACAGCGGCAGCAAGCGCUGGUCGGGGAACGAGUCCACGGAUGAGUCCUCGGAGCCGUCCCGGCAGCACAGGGAGGCGCGCGGCGGGGCAGCUGGUGACAGUGACCCGGAGCAGCUGGAGGAGGAGCCCUGGCCCGAGGUGAUGUCCAGACAGGGACUGGGAAUGGGGCUGGGAACUGGGGCAGGGGCAGGGACUGGGCAGGGUUUGGGUGCUGGGAUGGGAUCAGGAGCGGGGUGGGCCAGGGGACAAGGGCCGGGCACUGGCUGCUGCCCCCCCACAGGACCCCCCCCCGGAGACCCCCCCGGACGGCGGCGCUGCCGGACCCCGACGGAGCCCCCGGCAGCCCCCCAGAACCCAGCGCCUGCCUCAGCCCUUCCUCCUCCUCCUCCUCCUCCUCCUGCAGUGCCACCAAGGCAGAGCCUGGAGGCGCUGCUGCAGCUGCGGCUGCCGGACGAGCUGGGGGACCCCGAGCUGCUGGGGCGCGUGGCGGCGCGGCUGCGGCCCUGGGCCGUGAGUGCACCCCGAAACUGACCCCAAACUGACCC